GCUUGCCCCUCUCCUGAACUGGCACCGAUUUCGCUCCUCGCCCACCCCAAAAAGAAAGACUCCACCGUCUCCUCCUGCUCGGCAAAAGCUCCGGCGACAGCCAUGGGCAGAAAGCUGAUGGAGUCGUCGACGGAGAGCGAAUCGAGUGUCCUCGAGGAGGCGAACGUUCGCGACCUCAAGCCAGAGCAGGAGAAGAAGAAGAAGGACAAGAAGAAGAAGAAGGACAGAAACGGAGACUCAGACCUCCAAUCCGCGGAGGAGCUGAAUCGGUCGAGCCAGAAGAGGAAGGAGCACGGUGAAGACGGAGCUGAGGCUGACGUCAUUGCUAAGAAGAAGAAGAAGAAGAAGAGGCGCGAGAGGGAAGCCGCGGGCGAGGCGAUCGAAAAUGGCGGGACCGGAGUGGCUGAUUAUUCUGUUGCGGAUGGGAAAGACGAGGAGGUUAGGAGCGGCAAUGUGGUGGUGAGCGGGAGGAAUGUGAAGGAUCCGAAGUACUCUCCGGUGGAGUCGUUCGCGGACGCCAAGCUGCCGGAACAGGUGCUCGAAUGCUGCAAGGGCUUUGCGAAGCCGUCUCCGAUUCAGUCCCGGGCGUGGCCGUUCUUGCUAGACGGACGCGACUUUAUUGGGAUCGCGGCGACCGGUUCAGGUAAGACUCUGGCCUUUGGAGUGCCAGCCGUUGUGCAUGUUUUGGGCAAGAGGAAGGGUAUGAUGUCGAAGGGGAGGCGUCCGCUUUGCCUUGUGCUGUCACCGACGAGGGAAUUGGCUCAACAAAUUUCAGAUGUUCUGGUUGGUGCUGGAAAAGCUAGUGGUGUGAAAUCAGUAUGUGUGUAUGGAGGGACCCCCAAGGAACCUCAAAGAGCUUCUAUGAAGUCUGGUGUUGAUAUUGUCAUUGGAACUCCUGGUCGUUUGAAGGAUCUGAUUGAAGAGGGUGUUUGCAGCUUAAAUGAAGUAGCUUUUGUGGUCCUUGAUGAAGCAGAUAGAAUGCUUGACAUGGGUUUUGAACCAGAAGUUCGUUCUAUAUUGAGCAGCACAUGUUCUGUUCGCCAAACAGUAAUGUUCAGUGCUACAUGGCCUCUUCCUGUUCAUCAAUUAGCACAGGAGUUUAUGGAUCCUAACCCAAUUAAGGUUGUUAUAGGUUCAGAGGAUUUAGCUGCCAAUCAUGAUGUUAUGCAGAUAGUUGAGGUACUAGAUGAUCGUUCACGUGAUGAACGCUUGGUUACCCUUUUACAAAAGUAUCACAGUUCCAAAAGUAACAGGGUAUUGGUCUUUGUCUUGUACAAGAAUGAAGCUUCUCGUGUAGAACAGAUGCUUCAAGCAAGAGGCUGGAAUGCUGUAUCUAUCCAUGGCGAUAAAAAACAACAUCAGCGCACAAUGGCACUACAAUUGUUUAAGAAGGGAACCUGUCCUUUGAUGAUUGCCACUGAUGUUGCUGCUCGUGGAUUGGACAUUCCGGAUGUUGAGGUCGUGAUUAACUAUAGUUUUCCUCUAACAACAGAGGAUUACGUCCAUAGAAUUGGAAGGACUGGACGUGCUGGAAAUAAGGGUGUAGCACACACAUUCUUCACGAAAGAGAACAAGGGGCUUGCUGGGGAGCUGGUCAAUGUUCUCAGAGAAGCUGGGCAAGUUGUGCCUGCUUCUCUUCUGAAGUUCGGUACUCACGUGAAGAAGAAGGAAUCAAAGCUUUAUGGAGCUCACUUCAGAGAAAUUACUGCAGAUGCUCCGAAAGCUAAGAAAAUCACAUUUGACAACUCCGAUGAUGAGGACUGAAUUACUGAUAACUGUGGUUGCACUAUCUGGAGAGGAAAACAGAAGGCAAUCGCACUUGGCACGAGACUUCUGCACUUCAAGGUUUCCAAUAUUAAUGUUUGGGUGUAGAGGAGAAAAUAUAUCGUGACAAACUACAUUAGUCGAAAUGGGACAACGGAGUUCGAGGGACUCAUGUUGCUAAACCAUCCAUGGAGAUAGGAGUUGCCUUUGUCAGCCCACAGAGGAGGAGAAUACAGCAGAUCGCGGUGUAAGCAGCGGGAUGAGUCAUAUAGAUAUCAUGUAGGGUUUCUUUACGUGAAACUUCUGGUUAUUUUCUUAUUUGGGCUCUUUAUAAUGUGGUUUUGCUCGUCAUUUUUACAUUGUUAUUGGCAUUGUUAAGGCGAGUUAGAAUAGUGAGCACGGAAGGAGAAGGUUUUUCUCUUGGACGUAUAUUUGGUUAUUCUAUUCUAUCAAUGAAAGAUAAAGGAAAUUUAUCCAUGGUAA